AUUUGAUGAAUUUAUAAAAUCAUGUAGCAGGUACUGGGAUCAUUGAAAUACAAAAUCAACACCAGUUUGAUUUGGGAUGUUGGACAUCACAGCCUCUUGACACGUACUCAGGCGCGCGCGGACACACAUAAUCUUGCUGUGAAGCUUGACUCGACCCUCACCUGUCCUGCAGCAGGACGCACGGCACAGCACGGCUCCUCUCCUCUGACAGCAGUGAGGAUCUGAUCUGCUGUGCGGUCAGCGCUGCAACUAUGACAGCGUCUCCGGUCAUGAGGAGCACCGGGAUCAGGACUGCGCCACUAUGAGACAGGGUAAAACCGUGGAAGUACCGCAGAGCUCCGCAGAGAAGAUCCAAGUGUGUGUGGAUUAUUACAGCAAAGAAAAAACAGUAGUUUGCUUUUUACACUCAGGUCCAUGAUCGGAAGGACGAGCACACUCGGCCAAGGUAAGACUAUUAAAGACUCAAAUGCUGCCUCUGACCCUGGGUCAGCCUCAAAGUUGGAGCAACCUUCAAGUAAAUAGAAAAAUCAUCAUUGGACGGGUUGUAGCUGUUUCCAUUCUUCACAAGACACAUACCUUGAAGACAUAACAAUAUAUACCAUGUAUUGGCAUGAAAUGAUUUGCCAGAAAAGAAGGUAUGCAGACACUCCACAUUCCUGUGCCUGCACCGACAACAUGCUUUCUAAUUUUCUUUCAUGAGACUUUUUAAUGUGGACCCGUUAAUGUUUUUAAGAACUUUAUGUAAAUGGUGAGACAUAAAGACAUUUAACAGAUAGAGUCGACUUAUUUCAACCCUUAGCUGUUUUUGAUUUGAUCUGUAUUUGCUUUAGAUUGACAGAUGUAAAUGGAGGAUUAUAUCAGAUUAAACAAAAUUCAUUUUAAUUAAUCACAAAUUUUGUACCUCCAGUUGUGGUUUUAUUUUGGAAAGUUAUGUCCCAUGGCAUACACUGACAAAUAAAAUCUAGUUGUCUAUAUGUCAGCACAUCAAUCAUACAAUUGAUCCUAAAUGAUUCGUGUAUUUAUAGCUUUGCAAUGAGCUAACACUUUCAAAGAAAUCAUGAAUUAUGACCUACGAUCUCUAAGAUUAGACCAAAAUGAGUCUGACUUAAAUGUGAAGAUCGUCAUAUUAUUGGAGUUUGCAAUUCAAAGUGGGAUAAAAUGAAGUUUCUAUAUUAAGUCACAUAAAAGGAGUCACAAGCACAUCAGAGACCUGGUGUGAGUCUUUCCUCAGUCAACCUCUUUUCUCUUGUCGCUCAUCUUUAAAUAGCAUUCGCAGCUUCCAGCAUGUAUACCAUACAAGGAAAACAAUAGGUUUUUAUCCUUGAACUUAUACUUUAUUUUUGCAGCCUUGUCUGUUUCUUAUUAACCACAUUCUUUCACUUCGGAGGAGAAUUACGAUAACAACUCUGGCUUAUGCAGAGAGAGCACAUUCUGAUUAAAUGGAAGUAGAAAAUCAUUUUGGGAAAACAUUACAGAAAACAAUUUGUUGGACAGAGCCUCAGCUAAGCAGUGACUUACUUUCCUGUCCAAGUGUCUAUUUUAGGUACAUCACUGUAACGCGUUAAGGCAAUAUUUAACAGUUCUCUGUAUUGUUCCCAGAGCUAAAACCCACUUGCCAAGAAUAUUAUGUGGGAGGAAUGUGCCAUUAGAUGCAUUAACUUGAUAAGUUUUUUCUUUUGACAAGAUCAUAGGUUACAACAGGGACAAGGACAAAUGAGUAUUGAAGGUACCACGUGUAUGUUAUGGGACUUUCUCUAGUAUAUACAGAAACUUGAUUAUUUCUGUUCUAUUUUCAAAGAAGAUUAGUGAAUGCUCACAAAUGUCAGGUCUACUCUCUAUCAGUGCCUACAUCUGAGGUUUUUGUUUCAGUGUUAGACAGACUUUAUUUUAAUGAUGGGAAAGCUGCAACUCAUGCAGAUUUUGUGGACAUUUUAAAAAUGCACCUGUUGUUUUGUUGUGUGGUGAUGCUAAAUGCAAACAGGCUCCAGGUUAUACAAUAUAUCAUAGGAGUGAUAUAGGUCAAAGGUGUUUUAAAGACACUUUCUUUGUCACAUCACUCCAACAUCCCUCUCAGACAGCUUCACAACUUGUUGUUUAUAAGCGCUUUACUUGUCCUUCUUCCCAGAAUAGCAGAAUUGCCGAAGGGUCUUGGCAUCACAAACAGUUGUGGUUCUGACAGGUCUACUGGUAGUACAACAUCCUCUCCCAAUUUCCACAGAAAUGCCAACAGCAUGUUUUGAGUUGCCUCAUUUGAAUGAUCCUUCUUUUUUGUUUUCCCCUCUAACCAAUGCAUGAUGCACAAUGAUUACAAGAGAGUUAUUCCCCCCAGGGAAACUUCUCAAAAGGAUCAAUACAGUUCUAUCUAAUCUAAUCUAAAUAGUCAAAACAAUAAAGGUCAGAGAAAUGAAACCACCACAGAGCUGCUUGGGUCAGAACACUGACAAUAAUAGAGCUGAUUGGUUUGUUGGAUUAACCAGCUGUGAGCUUCAGGGUUAUCUAGGAAAUAUCCUCUGGUACCAACUCAAGCCACAAAGGGAGGCUGUGAACUUGCUUUGCAGUGCAGCAACACUUGAAAGCAUUUGGCAGACAGUUUUUGACAUCUUUUCAGGUUUGUGUCAAUCAGAUCAACAGUGUUCAUAAAAAUGUCUUCUUAAAAUAUCACCCUUUACUGCUGCAAGAUAAUUCCUGCUCAGCUUAAUGAUUUUUUGUUUCGAGUUGUUUUCUACUGACUCACAACAUUUUUAUUUAGAGUUUUAUUCUUAAAUGCAUUCAGAAUCUUAUAUAUCAUAUGCUAUAUAACAUCUGAAAGAUUAUUGGAUCUUUUUACUGGUGGGAAACUACAGAACAAGUCACAAUAUUUAGUCUCUCCUGGGGAAAAUCUCCAGAGCAGCUGUUCUUGGUCACUUAGUGUCUUUACAGGAGCAGGAUUAUGUGUGUUUAAAUGAAGCUGUAGCAAGCACACAACUUCCAUGCAGCUUUUCAACAAGAGAAAAUUAGGUGUUUUAACAACCCGUCUUAGGAACUCAAGGCAGUGAUUGAAGGUAGCGUUACAGAGUUAUGGACUGCAAACCUGGGCUAGCAGAGCAGCAGUGACCUGCUUUAUAGCAAAGUGUGCUAAUGACACGUAAGGUUUUUAGAAGCAUGAAAAAACUUCCACCUGUGUGUCUGAUUUAGAGCUGCUGUGCUAUCUGUUAGGAUCUGAGUGAUACAGAAAAACAAAGAGUACGAUAAUGUCUAUAACUAAAACAGGUAUAUGACCUUGACAACAAGAACAGUCUGCAGUGCAAGGUCACAACAGCAAAGGUUUGCAUUGGUGAAUCCUUGAGGGUUUUUCCUUUAAAACACACUGAACAUGAAACAGUGUGAAACAGUAACACAGUAUUCAUAUGAUAUUCUUUGUUAGAAAGCACUGCCUUCAGAAGUACAGGACAGAAUCAGGAAAGAGAGGAGGAGGUCCCCCUGUGUCCACAGUGGCUGUAAAAAAAACACCAAACCAAAGUUCUUCACACUGGUUUUAGAACAAACUCAACAUGGCAAAGUAUGUUGCUGUUAAUUUUGUGACAUAUUUUUCUUCUUAUCUUUGGAUUUACUAAAUCAGAAUCCAUCGCAAAUAUCUCUACCAGCAUAUGGCCAAUUGUUUUACAUGUUUUAUGGGCUGUUUUGUUUAAUUGAGUGAGGUGAAAGGAGCUUUGUCCUGGUGUGACAGACUGUAGGCUGUCAGUGAAAAUAGAGAGUCCAUAUUAUUCCCUGCGUAUCAAGAUGGGAACCCAAUGCACCUCUUAGAUUGGUCUUUUUCUGUAGUUGAAAGGAUAGAUGUCAAACUUUGGGCUCCUUACAUCUGUUUUAAAUGAAAAGAGUACUUAUUAUGCUGUGACCUUGGUUACAUCAUUGUCACAGUAAAUACACACUUAUCACAGAAUGCAUAUUGCAAUUGGUUGUUUUCAAUAAAUUUUUUUUCCAUGAAGUUGUUCAAAAUGUGCAUGAUGUGCGUCAAGUAAAAUAUGCAAUGAAAAGUUUCAUCAGUAGGAAUAAAAUGCAGCCUAACUUAAAUACCCCUGUCUAAAAUGGGCUUUUCAUGUAAGAUACCAAACUGGUGGAAACUGUUAGUUAGUUAGUUAGUUAGUUAGUUAGUUAGUUAGUUAGUUAGUUAGUGGAGGGAGGUAGAAAUGUCUCUAAAGAAUUAGGCUCUACAAAAGUUAGAAAACCUGAGGUUUGAAUGCACAACAAAAGUUAAACUUAAUAACCUUAGUCAUUUAAUGUAAACCUAUCUUUAUACAUCACAGAAUAUGUUAUAUCACUUUGAAAGCUGUUUGAAUUAAAUGAGGAAAUGAAGAGGGAGCCAAUGUUCCUCGGCAAGUAUGAUAUCUAUUUUCUUUGGACUCCUUCCCCACACCUUUCCCACAUUUUCUCCAAUCUAAGAUGUCACUGCGUUAUCACCAGUGAAUGAAAGAGGCAACCAUUGAGUUCAGUAAUUUAUGUUACACAAUGCUACUCAAACAACUUCAGGAGUGUUAUUUUACUGUACUUAUAAGAUUGUUUCCUCCUUUCAAGAUUACCAAACUGAAUGUCUCCUGUGUAGACAAGUCAGGAGUAUUUGUGGACCUGGGAAUGAUCAGAUCCUUUUGACUCGUUGUUUUUGAUAGUCAUCAUUCUCUGAACUUUGGAAGUUGUUUUUGCUUCAUUGUAAGUUGGUUAACAUACUUCUAUCUACCUACCUAUCCAUCUACCUAUUCUGAUUUAAUUUAAUAAAUCAAACCAAAGUCUGAGAUUUCCAAAGGAAUUCUCAAGAUGUCUGUUGACAGUUUCCUUGGCUACACCUUUAACCAGGAUACAGACUGUUUGUAGAAAUGAAUUUUAAUGGUUACAUUCAUUACUGUUUUAAACAACCUUCACUGACUUGGUAACUUCUGAGUAAAAGCAAACAGACUCCUUUUACAUGCCUGCCGGUGGAAGCUGUCUGCCUGGUGCAGAGUUUACAAUAACAUCUGCUCCACACCAGUCACGCUCGCACUGGGAAAUCCAAACAGCCCCACUUCAUUUAUUAAGGCUCAAUUUAUAUAAAAAUGUCUUGAAGACAUCCAUUGAGAGGUGCUGACAGGGUGCUGGCUUAACUGUCUCUGUGGGCACAUAAACAUGGAUCGAAUCCAUCUCUUUUUACGGCAUGUGUGAUUGGACGCUUGUGUUUAUGAACAGUGUAAAGGAUAUGAAACUGGCUUUGGAGGCUUUGGCCACACUAGACUUCAUGUCUUAUUAGAUCUCCCCAUAGUCAACUGUAUAUUUCAUGUUGUAGCUGUGAGGUUGAAAGGUUACACUGAGAAAUAACAGGUUUGAAGUUUACACUGGAAUUCACAUUAACUGCAGUUAAAACCCAAGAUGACAUUUCUGAAUCUAGAAGAUUAUUACAUUGUCAAAAAUUUCUGCCGAGGCUUAAUUUACGUUUUCGUCCUCCAUUGAGUGACAGUUCUGUCCACAAUAUCCCAGUAGGCAUCCAUGUAUAUCCUGUCAUGCAACAAAACUGUUUAUAGGAAAAUGGUUUGGCCUUCUCUGAGAAAAAAAAGGAAGAAACAGUCAUAACACCCUCUGCCCUUAUGUCACUCCAACAACUCCAUCUUUUUUAAACUUUUUGUUUAACUGUCUCAUCUAAACAAGCUCAUGAUGAUGUUUUGGGUGAGUAACAUAAUCAAAACAGCAGGAAAGGCUCUGUUGAUGUUGAUGUUGAAAGCAUGGAUCUGGAUCUGGAUCUCAGUAGCAGAGAUCACCACCACUCAGCCUCCCGGUGAAUUCAGACCGAGCCCCUUACUUCUCUUCCUCUCAAAUUUUCUCCAGAACCCCCAAAAACACAAACCAAACAGCAGAUUCAGAUCUCCUUGAACAACGUUCACACCUUUUCUACUCCUUCAAUGCCGCUGGCUUGAAGACUUGUUACGCUCACUUCUUUUUUCUACAGUCCAGGGGUCCACCAUCUGAAGAAAAGACAGAUCACUCCUCAAGAUCCCCUGAGGUUCUGUUUGAAUUAUACUUGUACAAAAUCUGUUCCAAGCCUCUUCCCCCUUAAAUAGAGGCAAACUUUGCUACCAACACUUUGACUUUGUAGUGAAAAUAUUGGUAUUUCAAAAGGUUUCAUAACAGGGGUUUGCCAAAUUGAAGAAGCGUGGCAUUGUAGGUCAUAAUCUACCCUCCAUGCACAUAAACAAAACACUCUGUCAGUGUUGUGUAAUCUGAUCUAUAUCACCUUUUGUACCCUGCAUGCUCUGCCGAUUGAAGCUAAGAUGUUUUUUUACCAUUCAUCUACAUAAUAUCAGGAGCCAUUCCAGCAAUGCUAGACAAAUUCACAGAUUUUAUUUUGUUAUCUUGUUUCUUAUCACUGCAUCCUGGUGGACCUUAUUUCUAACCGUAGGCAGAAGAAGAUGAUGAACUUGGUCUUGGUGUGUUUGUGUUGGUAGACAGUUCGUCUUACAUAACAGAAGCUUAGAUGUUUAAGCUGGAAGACCUCCUUGAAGUCAUUUCAUUUAUUAGAGGGAGUGAACCUCAGAGCUUCUGUGUUGUUUUAUCAUUUUGUCUUGUGAGCCAUGUCAAAUACUUUGUCAUUGGUAGUCAUUUUUUAAAGAUGAGGCAUGUUUUCUUUAUUUUUAUUAGCCUCAUUCCCAGCAGAAAGACGGUAUCAAUUUGUAAACGGGUCUGAUCUUGCCUCAGCAGAUGUGACAUCCUUUCGGUCUGUCUCCUAUUUGGUCUUAAGUGUUCUUUGUGUAAAUCUGUCUCAUAGUAUGUGAACUACAGGGAGAUACUGUGAGCCUAUGUCAGAUGAUGCUAAAGUUACAGUUAGCAAGGUCUCUCGAACCUGAUAUCAGAUAUCCCUUGUUGGAAAGUCUGUACAAGGUGAUCCUUAGCUGUCACUGAUUCAUGAAGUCAUUACUUGAACCACCACAACGUUGCUUUUUGUUGUGGUAAUAAUAAUAAUACUCAUAAUACUAAUAACUGUAUUUAUAUUGAACAUCUCAAAACAGAGUUACAAAGGGCUUCACAACAUAAAAGCAGCAGCAGACAUCAAUACAAUUUCUGAAACAGUCAGUCAACGGGAAUGAUUCAGAAUUCAAUAAAAGAUAAUAUAAGGUUAGAAGAUAAGAGGAACUUUACUUAUCCCCAAGGGGGCAUUUGACUCCAACUAUGUUAAAUGUUUAAGUUAGUUGAAAAUAAUUAGGACAAUAGUAUCAAAAUAAAUAAAAUAGAAUAAGUUAAAACAAAAUAAAAUGAGUUAAGACUUCAUUAAAAGUUAAGAGUUCAGUUAAAAGUCAUACUCAGUAAAGGCAUAUUUAUAAAAAUGGAUUUUAAAUAGAGUUUUAAAAGAGGAUAAGGAACUUUUCAGUCUAAUCUCCUUAGAUAAUUUGUUUGAGAGAGUGGGGGCCCUGACAGAAAGAUUAAGACCUGUUCACAGACUGAAACUCGAGGAAAGGUGAACAAAGGUCAUUAUAGUUUAUAACAUGUUUAUGACAAAUAUUCCUUCUCAUGAUGGCACCUGAAUAUGCACGUCUCAGGCACACACCGAACUCCUACAGUGAACCUGUGUCUGCAGACAGAGGCACUCCAAACAGUCUGAUGCUGACUAUAAAUUCACUAAAAUAAGUAUUUAAAUCAUGCAGUCAGUGUUAUCAUAUGACAUAGGUACAAAAAUGUGAGUAUCCUAUCAAUUUUCUGUUUAGAAAUGACAAAAAUACUUAUUUCACAGUUUUCUGUUUAUUUGGGAACGUUGUGAUUUUGAGGAACAACCCAUUUUUAAAUACUGAUUAAAAAAAAAGAGAAUAGAACAAGUUACAAUAAAAUGGAUGAGAAGUGAAGCCUUGUACUUUUCUUUGAUGCCUGUAUUAAUAACAUAUACAUCAGACAAAAAUAUUUUGAGAGCUUGAAAGCUCACUAAGUUUAGUCAAAAAGUAUGGCAGUGGCUGGACACUCUUUCACAGAAUGCUGGCGUGCAAAGAGUUAACACUGGAUAGAAGAGAGCAGACAUAACAGUAGCCAAGCAACAGAAGUAAUGUGUUACCAAACCCUGUUAUCCAUCAUGAUAAAGGCCCACUUGUCAAAGAAUAUGACCCGGUAAUUUUAAUUUUACAAUCCAAACGUUACUAUUGAACAAGUCCAAAAUCACUGUGUUAACUUCAGUCAACAUAGAUACAGGUAAAGAGGAGGGGCUGAGGCAGGUGUUUGGCCUCCUGGCUCGUAGCAUUACUUUUAGUCUCAAAACAGUUAAACCAUCAAAAUAAUUCAGUCCCCAUACAGUCAGUACAAAAGAAAAGAAAAGAAAUGAGCUGUUUGGACUGAAAUCAAUUUUUGGUACGAGGCAGGAAAGAUGUUGAGUUCUGCUCUAGAUUUGGACAUCUUAACCUGGAUGUUGAUGGGUGUUCCCAGAUUUAACUCAAGGAACUACUACAUUACUUGGACAAGUCUUUGAACCAAAGCAUUUUAAAGUGUUGGCAUUGUUGGAGGGCGGCAUUAAAUCUAUUGAUUCUUUAUUGUUCUGGAAAAAAUUGCAUCUUCCUCAGCAUAAUCCAGGUAGAUGAGUCAUUGCUCUGUAAUUGUAGAAAUGAAAUUCAUGUGUAACCCUUCUGUCAAAUCUUCAUAUUCACCUGUCACUAAUAUGUAACACUGUCCUGGUUUGGCACAUCACACUAAAGUAUUGUAUAUGAAACGCAGCAGCUGUAGUUUACAGGCAAACAACAACACAUAAAAUGAUUCCUUUGUUUUCUUGCUGCUGAGAUUAGACGGACAAAAAGGCAUUCAGACAUGUUAGAGAUAGAGGAAUUAUGUGGCUGACUCUGCUCGAUUAUUUUAAAUCGAAAACCCUUAAUUGAAUUAAAAAGCGUUUUUUGUGUGUUUUAUGGUCAUUUUACUGGUCUGCUGACAGAGGUAAAAUCUGCAUGCUAUCACUUUGUACAAAAACAGCAUUUAUCAUCAAGCUAUCAGUCGUGGUUGUUCCCUUUGAAUGAAACACUAAAGCCUCCUUUUUUAGCUGAGCGUGCACACUCCAGAUCCUUUGUCUACUGUACAGCUUUAUUUUAUUUCCCAUCCAAAAAAUGAUUUUAAUACAUCUAGUUCUCACUGGCAGGCCCUCUGAAGCUGUAAGGAGGCCAAUGGUAGAAAACCACACUACUGCAGAGCUGAAGAAUGUGAAAAAAAUAUAUACAAGGUUUCUAAUAAAAGCAUUUUUCACUUCCUCAUACUUAUCAGCUGGGUUACAAUUAGAAACUUUCUCUGUAACCACCAGGAGGCAUUUACCAAAUUUUUCUCUGACAUGCUGUCAGGGUGAAGAGUGUCAUUCUGUCACAGUGAACUGAAUUAGCUCUCAGGCACUGCGAUAAACAAAGGAUGAGUCAUCAGUGAAACUCUUCAGAUUAGAGGGGACUUCACUGAAGCCGAUAUACCUUGUUAUUAAAAUGAGGGACAGCCAAAAACGUGUGGAUGUGGAAACAACCCAAAGGGCAUUUAAAAAAAAAAAAACAGUCAGACAACUGAACAUAGAGGGGUUUAUAUUCUUGUUGUUACUUUUGAGGGUUGUAUUCAUUCAUUUGUAAUUUUUCAUUUUAGAUGGAAAAACCUGGUGGAGGCAAGAAGUAUCGACUACCCAGCAUCACCUGAAGAACUGGAAGGUGAGCAGAUUUUCAGCGUUUGGCUUAUAAAGGGAUAUCUAGGCCAGUAGGUUUUGCAGCGAGACUGUCGGUCACUUCGCCUAUUUGAUCCGGGACUCACGUUCUGCCAGACACCGCAGAGAAACUCAUUUUAUAAGUGAUGUUAAAAUAUUAAGCUCACUUGCACAGAGAGAAGGUGUCACAUGUCAAUUAAGUAAUUAAAGAGGUGCAGGUGUCAGCUGCAGGUAUCCCACAAUGCCGUGGUAACAGGGCCGCUAUAGGCUGAAAGCCAGACACAGGGAACCCAGACACAAUUUCCAUGUGAAGGAGCUGACAGAACAGGAUGGAUCAGCUUACCUAGAGCAGCUUUCAGUCUCCACAAUGUAUGCAUGCUGUAUAUGAACAAAUUACAUGCAAAUACUAGCAUGUUUUACUUGAAAUACUGGCGUCACUGUUUCUGCUGUGGCGCAGACUGAAAUGUCUUGUUGACCACUGAGGACAUAAUUUGUCCCAACGAUUAAGUCGACUGCCUGAGUUUUCAUCUGGUUUUUAGCAGGUUAAGGUUUUCAGCUAUCAAAUAAAAUAUCUAUCACUUUACAAGAGCAGCAGAAACAAUGACUAACACAAAAUUUUCCCUGAGGGUGUUUUGAUUCCUUAAAGCAUCAUACAGGAAGGCUAUUUAUAGAUUUCCUAGGUACAGCCCUGUUAAUGGUUUUAUGCAUUUUCAUUGAUAAGUGAUAAACAGAAUAACUUUGUUCUCUUGUUGGGCAGAAUGAAAAUAAGUCUUAUUCGUGCAAUUAAGUAUAAUGACCUUUUAAAGUUGAACCUAUUGGGCCCAUGAAAUGCUAUAAGCUAGAAUAUUUUCUUACAGAUUUAUUGCUCAACAGAUGUCACCCUUCAUCUCCUUUCACAGUGUUUUGGUGAAUUUGAAUUCUUGUUUUUUUUAACAUGCUAACACAAACACUAUUACAACUUCUCCUUGAUAUUUCCAGGUGAUGCUGUGGGUGGUGGCGUCAUUACUGAUGCUGGUGGAAGAUGUGUUUUCUGAAGAGGAGAAUAAAGAAGCCCAGUCAGACCUCCAGCGUGUCCACAGACAGCCCGUUUGGUCUCCUGCAGACGACUCAGAACAGAAUAGAAGCUUUCACACAUCCUGGCCUGAAGCCAUUGGUGAGUGAUUCACAUUUUAUGCUUCAGUUUGUUGGCAUUUUUCUUUAGAUUUGAUGUGUACACAAUUAGGUUUGGUUUAGAGCACGGAAACGUCAUAGCGUGGGUCAAAACACCAACCCUGUCAAGGUUAGGAACUCUCUGUGGUCACAGUUGGAUGAAACCAAUGUUAAAUGUUGGUGUGAUGCAGGAAACAACUAAAACCACAAACUUUGCUUACCUAAUUGAUAUGACCCAUCCUCCACUCAGGAAGCACUGUGGCCUCAGAACAAAGACUCACAAGUUUUGCCCUUUUCUCCAUACAGAUAAGAGCCAACUAGGACCUGCAUGUUGCUAUUAAGAGUUUUAACAAACAUUUGAUACCAACUGGACUUAAUUUAGCUAUCCUAACAAAGAAUCAUUGUGUUUAGUAGAAAUAUUUUAACUUAGCUUGUAUCGGCUACUAUAACAACCGAAUUUCCCCUCGGGGAUUAAUAAAGUUCCCUAUCUAUCUAUCUAUCUAUCUAUCUAUCUAAAACAAAUAUUUACAAGCUCCAUAAACAUCACAAGAAGGGCUUGUGAUCCUUAAGUUGCUAAGAUGUGAUUUAAGAAGUUUAAAAAAUCCAGAAAACUUUGAUUUAUGAGCAUGUUUUCUGUUUAAGUGUGAUCAUAUUUCAUCAGAAAUGAAUAUUUAAGCUGACACAUAGUUAAACAGUGUAGAAAUUCAUGGUUACUGAGUAUGUUUGGAAACUCCACUAACAUGCCUUGCAGGGAUACAUGAAAUAAAAUCUUAAAGGUCUGUGUGGGGCCACGCCAGAAUGGCUGUGUGUAGGCAUACACUGCAGGCCUCUGUUGGCCUUGGAGAGGCACUUUUCAUUUGCAUCCAUCAGUGUAACAUUACUCAGUUUUUUUUUCCUGCUCUUAGAAAACAAAGCCUUAUAAAUCUAGGGAGAGGGUAAUAAAAUAGCAUUGUGUCACUCCUGGAUGACGAAUUUAGCCUCUGGAGACUUGCCUGGUAGUUUUCAGAGCUGAGUAUGGCCUUGGUCAACUCAACAAGAGCCCCAGCAGCACACAAGAGGGUAAAAAUAAUCAAUCCAAUGUGCAGGUUCCUGUCAUGCAUCACAGUCACGUUCAUCCCUGCUUCAUAUGAUGAGUGACUGUGGGUCCUGUGUGUUUAUUCUACUCUUCAAAUAAGUUUUUAAUUGAAGUGAAACAGACUUCAUUCCUCUCAAGUUAAGAAAAGAGUUCUGAUCUGAUGACACACAUACUUACAAAGUGGCAAGUGAGUGGUCGGGGUAGGCCAUCCCCUGACACCAUGCAUUAAUUAAUGUCCUAAUAAAGAAAUUUCAGGACACUAAUGACCAAACAACCAACACUAUAAACAACUUUUAAACAAAAAGCCGAGUAGGGAAUAAAAAGUGCACAAAGAGUAGAAAAUUGUACAGUAUUACAAUGGAGGGUUGAACAUAAAAAUAAAAAGAAUGAAGGAAGGGCAAAAUGACAAAAAGACUGUGAAAAAUUAGAAGAAGACCUAUUGUUGUUAUAGUAGAAGAUUUACCAUUUUCGCCUUCAUUUAAGGACAUAGCUUUAUCGUAGUCUUUCAUCUCACAGGGCAUGCUUUCCUCUCAGAGCCUGUAUGAACUUAAAGUACAGAGGCUGUUACUUCACGGUAUUGUGCCUGAAGCAGUUGCUGCGUAUAGUGUCAGUCAUGGUGAUACUGAUGUUGUUUUUGUGGGCUGAACCUCAGUCAAGUUACUGCCAUUCUUUCCUGUUAAACUGUACUCAUGAAAAGGAAUGGAAAACAUCACUCCGACACCCUGGAGCAUCUCACGAAACAGUUCUCGUGAUGGCAGUCUCGCUCAAAUAAUAAUAAUAAUAACGCUUAGUACAGUCACACAUGAUUGCCAGUACAUUGCCCAUUCAAUUGUAACAUGGAAAUAGUUGUGUAAUUACAUUAUAAUGAAAACCCAUAUGGCAUGUUCUAACAUGGUUGAAUAUGUACCUGAGCAGGGUUCCUCUAAAUGGAUCCUGCGCUCUUGCCCGGGGAAUAUUUCUAUGCAUUUUUGAUGCUCCUCUUUCCCUGAUGAUUACAAGUUUUCUUUUCAGUAAACAGUAAGGCAUGAACUGACAAGCAUCUCUGUUGCUGUAAAUGAGUAUUCUACAGAGCUAAUAACCAUUCCCUGAGGAACAAACUGCGUAGAGGCAUCCAGAGAAAAUGCAGGGCCAAGCCAUCCACAGGUCAGGAAGUAGAAAUCAGUCAAACACCUGGGCUAGGUCUGCACUGUGGAGAGGGUAAAUCUUGUUUGAAAUGUUCCUGGCAACUGAAAAAAGCAAACUCAGCUCCUGUUGGAGUUCAGCCAACAGCUCGCUCCCCUGGUAAUGACCCUGCAUAGUGACAGUACAUGUUGCACCACUCAGCUGAUAACCAGAGGAAUCACUCCCAGUUUCAACGCUCAUGUCUGCUUUCAAUUUAAUCACACAUGCUUUCCCCCGCUGCCUCAUGAACCUCCUGUCUAAUCCAGUACAUAAACUGAAGUGUGAGAAGUUUUUCACCUUUGAGUCUAGAAAAACAUCAGAAUUCUGAACAGAGGAAAGAUCGAAGUAAGGUUUUCCUCUUAAGAUCUUAUUAAUGGAAUAAACUUACUGAGGGAUGGCAGAGGCUUGGACAUCUCUUAUUGGGUCCAAGAGGGACAUUGGGAUAUGUUAGAGUUAGAGUCAAAAUAUAAGCAAAGCGAUUUAUGUCUAUGUUUGCAAUAUUAAGUUGUACAUCUAUAUCUGUACCAUAUAUAACAUUGUAAUAAUGUUGAGAAAUAGAAAGUACAGGUAGUUUUGACCAUGAAGAGAGUAUUAAUCCUCUUUUUAACUAUAAAGAGAAGUGAUCAAAAAAGUCGAUCAGAGUUGAUGAUAAAACUAUGAAGAUGUUUUAGUGUUGUUGUGUCUGUGGUUUGGUCAUCCUCUAACUGCCCAUAAACAAAGCACACAGUCAGUCUCACACAGCCCACGAUCAAACAUGAUCUCACUAAUCACUCAGAUACUUUUUAUCUAUAUUUUUGUGUUUAACGGAGACACUUAUCUGCAGUGAAGUUCUAAUCUUACUCAGAUUAUCCACAGAACUGGAUAAUCACAUGGUAAAAAACCAACGUUUUUUACCAUGUGAUGACUUAAGACUGUGGAUGGAGCGCACUACCAAAGAUGCACUCUAAAAACUCUCGGGUUAUUUCUUCAACCCACUUCCUGGGUUAUACAUGUUGAGUUUAAUUUUCUGGGUUAUUUUUCAGAUCCAUACCCAUUUCUUGGGUCACAUGGAUUCUAUUGUAACCCACUUUGAGUGUUUUCUGAAUGGGUUAAUAAUUAUGGGUAAUUUUUCCAAGCCUAACCCAAUAAUCGUGUCAGAACCUUGGUUUUGUUUGACUCUACAUGGUUUCUAGGCCUAAUGGCAAUUAAAGUGAACUGGUGACCUUGUGAACUUUGACCUUGAUUUCAUAUAUAUAUAUAUAUAUAUAUAUAUAUAUAUAUAUAUAUAUAUAUAUAUAUAUAUAUAUAUAUAUAUAUAUAUGUUAUUAUAUAUAUGUUAUUAUACUACAUAUAUAUUAUAGUAGUAUAAUAACAUACAACAACAACGUGUGGGUCCUCAGGCAAGACCUUUAGUGCUAUGGCCUACAAUCAGUUAGAUAAAAGUACAUGGGAAAAUAAGGCACAGGUUGUAAAAGCAAAGCUCCUCAAAUGCAUAUAUCAAUUUAACCCAAGAUCAUGAGUCAAAUUAACUCGAACAUCAGGUUAACUUGACCCUUAAAAAGAGCUAUUGAGUCAACCAAAAAUUUGGGUUAAUUUGAAUAACCUAACAUUAAACCCAGGGGUUUUUUGAGUGUGAUCAUCAUGUGUUGUUAACGAUGACUUGACGAGUGUUGCAGAUCCAUUUUUUAAGUCUUUAUGUGUAAACUACUUCUAACCCACCGUAUAACAGCAGGGUUAGGAUGGCAGUGACUGUAACAGAUACUGAUGAGCUCAUGCAGAGGUAAAACACUUUUCCUCUUGUUCUUAUUCUGAUACAUUUCCUUGGAUGAAGCCAAACAGAAGCAAAACAGAGAUUAACCAUCAGCUCAUUUGAUGUGCCAGUUAUGAAAACAUGUCAAAAGAAUUUGUGAGUUGAGUAGACCUCUUAAUAAAUGGCUGAGUGAAUAGCAGGGACACAAAUUUCUUUAAGACCGCUUGAUAAAUGUGGGACUCUAUUAUUAUGGAAUAAAAUGUAGCAGGAGCACAAGUUAUUAAAGCUGCAGAUUGCAAAAAGUGUCCCAAGAUUGUGGUAAGAAGACUACAGUAUGUGUUUCCUCUGUAAGAUAUCAGUAUAAAAUGAGAAUUAGCUGGAAUGUAAGAUUAGAUAAUAAACAUUAAAUUAUAUCCUAUUUUUCAGCUCUGCACUUUGUUCUAUUAAGGUCCUAUGAUAUUAUUCCACAAAAAUGUGUUUGUAGGGUAUCAUAUUAUAUCAAACAGUGACUUUAUCAUUAACAGUGUCCUCUCUAUAUACAGAAGUCAAGCUUUAAUUAAUCAGAAUUCAUGUUGGCGUACAAAAAUGUGUUUUUCUGUUUCUAUAUUUAAUCACUUCUUUGAAUUGAUGGAUGCAUGUUUCCCCCUCACAGCACACAUGAUACUACCACUGGCAAUUAUUUAGAGUAUCAUGUACAAAGAAAAAACAUAUCUGAUAAACCCAAUAAACCCUGAAUACACUAAAUACACAGUCAGAGAUAAGCUUGUGAUGAUAAAAAAUAUGGCAACUUUUGGGCUGAAAAAGAGCAAAUUAUCUUCAUAUGAUUAUUUCUCUUUUGUUCCUAUUAAUACGCCUCCAUCAUCACCCUGAUUAGCAGUGAAGCAUAGUCAUAAAUUUGAUGAUUUAUAUUUUAUAAAAUCAACAGUGUAUAUAGAAAAAAACAAAGACAUAACUUGGAAAGAAUGUUUCCAUAGCAGAAAGCUCACUCUGCAUGAGGAGAUUUAACCAAAAAAGGUAACAAAUAAACUUGGCACAUAUUUUAGGAUUAUCCUGUCCUGCUCCCUCUUCUAUCAAAUGAAACUGCCUAUCGCUUCAUUACUGAUAAGACAUUAGCCUUCACUUGAGUUUGACUUUUUUAAAGUUUGUCCCAACGGAUAUUUUAUCAUGUUAACAAGGUAAUACAAUAAUCAUACAGUGAUACUGCUGAAUGUUGGAGGUAAUAUCCAUCAGGAAUUGGAAGCAAACACUUGAAUGAUUACUGUCGGCCACUUUGUCUUCCUGAUCCAAUCACAGAAGAUAGAAAUGUUUAAUAGGUCAUGGGAAACCUUAGGCAGUCAAAUAGAAACUUAAUACAAGCGUUUUUCUUUUUCUUAUUUUGCAGAGGAAUGGUCACAAGAUGAGGAGAAUCUGCUGAGCCGAUGGCCACGCUCACCUCAUGAACCAAACUUGUCCAGAACAUCGAGGAGGAACCGUAAGAGGAACAAGAGCAGCCGCGACUGCCACUUGGAGAAGAAAGAGAUGCGGGUGCGUGAUCUUGGUCUCGGCUAUGAUUCGGAUGAGAUUAUUCUUUUCAAGUACUGCGUCGGCACGUGCUAUAGCUUCCGAAAGAACUAUGACUUGGCCCUCAAGUCUCUAAUGGACAAAGGCAGCAUCACGGGGAAGAAGGUCAGCAGUCACCCAUGCUGUCGGCCCACCCGCUAUGAAACUGUGUCCUUCAUGGACACCCAGACAACUUGGCAGACAAUUAAGUGGCUCUCUGCAGCCAAUUGCAGCUGUGUGGGAUGACUGAAAAGAAAAGUCUGUCUGAAAUAUGCAAAGAGAGGAGAGCUCCUACUUGAGCAGGGUGCCACAAAGACUGGUCUUUGUUGUUGAGGUACUCAACCCUGGUUCAUGUGGUCUGAGAUCUGGGCCCAAGAUGGGUGCUAUGUCCAGAGUCCAGGGCCUUUCUUCUGCUAAUAGCUACAGUGAUAAUAAUGAAGGUCUAAAUACCUUCAGUGGAGCGUGAUGGCACCAGCAGGCAAUCAUGAUGUCUGCCACCAGCCUGGGGCAGGAGAAGGAUUAAUUCAUGCCACGAGCAGCGAGUCCAGGAGAGGAAACUAUCAGUGCUGUUCCUGCCUGAUAUGGACUUAUAACACUUUGUGUCCUUGAGUUACAUAUUGAAGGUAAAUGCAAUACCGUCUGGUAGCCAUGCUGGGG